AUGGCUGACGUCUCUCACAAAGAGUCGCCUUCAAGCGAGAAGGCGUCUUUCACGCAGCAACAAACCAGUGAUGCUCCCGCAGCACCACGCCUGGACUUGUCCAAGGAGAACUCCGAGGGCCUGUUGGUCAACGCGCUCUCCGGCAUCUCUCAAGACCAGCUCUUCCGCGAUGUUGACCAAUUCCUGCAAGAGAAGCAGAUCCAAGAGGACCCCGCCUUGUUCCACCGCGCAGCCCUCGCGGCUCAAGAACCCGCACGUUUCGAGUCGAUCAAUGGCUUGCAAGAGGAUGAGCGCAGCGCGCUUCAAAAGGAGCUGACCAGCAGGUGAGUUAUCGGCUCGCACGACGACGGGCAUAGUCGAAACACGCACUGACCUCGUCUGAACCAAAUCACUACGCGAUAUAGAUGGGCAGCCCCUUGGACACUCUACCUGACCAUCCUGGCCUGCAGCAUUGGUGCGGCUACCCAAGGUUGGGAUCAGACCGGAUCCAACGGUGCAAACUUGUCCUUCCCCGCGGAGUUUGGCAUUGACGGAACUGACCGUGGAGAGUGGAUCGUUGGUGUGGUCAAUUCGGCUCCAUACCUUGCCUCGGCCGCCCUCGGCUGCUGGCUUUCUGACCCUCUCAACAACAUGUUCGGACGCCGCGGUACCAUCUUCAUCACUGCCCUCAUCCUCAUCGCCACCCCUAUUGCCUCCGGCUUCACUCACUCUUGGCAGACCCUCUUCGUCGUUCGUCUUAUUCUUGGUAUCGGCAUGGGUGCCAAGGGAAGCACUGUCCCCAUCUUUGCGGCUGAAAACUCUCCCAACGCUAUUCGUGGAGCGCUGACCAUGUCCUGGCAAUUGUGGACUGCUUUCGGUAAGUGGCAAUGAGUCAUCGCAGGCAACUCUCUGAGACUGACCAUCCAUCUUGCACUGCGACUCAGGUAUCUUCGCUGGUUUUGUGGCCAACUUGGUCGUUGCAGACACUGGACGCAUCGCUUGGAGACUUCAACUGGGAUCUGCUUUCAUCCCCGCCUUGCCUCUUGCAUUCCUCAUCUGGCUCUGCCCCGAGUCCCCCCGUUGGCUCAUGAAGAAGGGGCGCUACACCGCAGCCUACCAAGCCCUCCAACGACUUCGCUUCACCAAGCUCCAAGCCGCACGUGACCUUUACUACAUUCAUGUUCAGCUCGAGGAGGAGAAGCGCGUCAUCCGCGGAGCUACCUUCGUCAGCCGCUUCACCGAGCUCUUCACGAUCCCUCGUGUUCGCAUGGCCACCAUUGCAGCUUCGACUGUCAUGCUUGCUCAACAAAUGUGCGGUAUCAACGUCAUGGCCUUCUACUCCAGCACCGUCUUCAAGACGGCCGGCCUCAGCGACCGCGAAGCACUAAAGUCGUCCGUUGGCUUCGGAGCCCUCAACUUCGUGUGAGUAUAAGCGCGCUGACAUCAAAGCUAGCGAGAAGACAGGAUUGCGGCUGACGCUCUUGACUAUUCCCUCACUGUCAGCGGCGCCAUUCCUGCCAUCUUUGUCAUCGACAAGUUCGGUCGCCGAUCCCUUCUGCUCACGACCUUCCCCAUCAUGGCUAUCUUCCUCUUUGCCGCCGGUCUGAUGUUCCUUGCCCCCAACACCGCCAACCCUGACUUUGGCAUUGUCCCCGAUGCGGACCAAUUCAUCGCCACCAAGGGCAAGCUCGCCGGUAUUGCCAUCUUCAUCUACCUCUUCACCCUGGCCUACUCGAUCGGCGAAGGCCCGGUCCCUUUCGCCUACUCUGCCGAGGUGUUCCCCCUUGCCCAGCGCGAGCAGGGAAUGGGUUGGGCGGUCGCUACUUGCCUGUUCUGGGCCUCCGUCCUGUCCAUCACUUUCCCUAGAAUGCUGCACGUCUUUGGAUCUCUGGGCACAUUUUUCUUCUACGGCGGAUUGAACCUGAUCGCCUUCGUCCUCAUCUUCUUCUUCGUCCCCGAGACCAAGCGUCUCUCCCUCGAGGAGCUUGACGGUGUCUUCUCCGUCGGCAACAGUCGCUUCGCCAGCUACCAGCUCACCAAGACGCUACCCUACGCCAUCAAAGUUGCGACUCUGCAGCACCCCGAGAAGCCCGCUCCGCUCUUCAAGAAGGUCAAUGUGGACAUCUUGGAGCAAGCUUAA